AUGUCCAAUAUUCUCGCCGUUGACUUCAAAUAUACUGAGCGUAUUGCUCUCAAAGCUACACUUAGAGAUUAUAUUUCAUAUUCUUAUGAUGAACAUCCAGAUAUAUACACUGACGAUUUACGCAUUCUUGACGAACUUAGGACUGAUUGUUUGAAUUUGGAGGUACACCAAAAUGCACUGUAUCGGCUAUUAAAAUAUUAUGGGCAACUAGUUUUCAUUGGAUCUAAAUUUCCAAUUGAUGUAGGCAUAGAAUUUCCUUGGUAUUCAGCCUUUCCGAAUAAUGAAAAAAAGCCUGUUUCGCAUAAAAAUUUUUACUAUGAGAGAGCCUGUGUACUAUUUAAUAUUGGUGCCAUGUAUAGCAAGCUUGGCAUCUCGGAAAGCAGACUAACUCCUGAAGGUGUCAAAAGAGCUUGUCAAUACUUCCAA